AUGGCUCGUGGCCCCGCUCGGACCAGCCUGGGACCCGGGUCCCAACAGCUGCCGCUGCUGUCGCUACUGCUGCUGCUGCUGCUGCUCCGGGACGCAGACGGCAGCCACACGGCCGCCGCUCGGCCUGCCCCGCCCGCGGCCGCCGACGGCCUUGCAGGGGACAAGAACCCCCAGCGGUCUCCAGGAGACGUGGCCGCUGCACAGAGCCCAGGCGCCCAGGACAUGGUUGCUGUCCACAUGCUCCGGCUUUAUGAGAAAUACAGCCGAAGGGGCGCGAGGCCGGGAGGGGGCAACACGGUCCGCAGUUUCCGUGCCGGGCUGGAAGUGGUCAACCAGAAGGCCGUGUAUUUCUUCAACCUGACUUCCAUGCAAGAUUCAGAAAUGAUCCUGACGGCCACAUUCCACUUCUACGCAGAGCCACAGUGGCCCCCUGCGCGUGAAGUGCCCUGCAAACAGCGGGCCAAGAAUGCAUCCUGCCGCCUGCUGCCCCCUGGCCCCCCCGCACGCCAGCACUUGCUCUUCCGCAGCCUUUCGCAGAACACAGCCACUCAGGGGCUGCUCCGUGGGGCUAUGGCCCUGCCACCCCUGCCGCGAGGCCUGUGGCAGGCCAAGGACAUCUCCCUCAUUGUCAAGGCGGCCCGCCGCGAUGGCGAGCUGCUCCUGUCUGCUCAGCUGGAUUCUGGGGAGAAGGACACAGGAGUGCCCAGGCUCGGCCCUCACGCACCCUACAUUCUCAUCUAUGCCAAUGACCUGGCCAUCUCAGAGCCCAAUAGCGUGUCAGUGACACUGCAAAGAUACGACCCCUUCCAGGCUGGGGACCCAGAGCCUGGUGCAGCCCCCAACAGCUCAGCAGACCCCCGCGUGCGCCGGGCCACACAGGCACCCGGGCCCCUCCAGAACAACGAGCUGCCUGGGCUGGAUGAGAGGCCAGCACAUACCCCCCAUGGCCAGCACUACCACAAGCACGAGCUGUGGCCCAGCCCCUUCCGUGCACUGAAGCCACGGCCAGGCCGCAAGGACCGCAGGAAGAAGGGCCAGGAUGUGUUCAUGGCCUCCUCGCAGGUGCUGGACUUCGAUGAGAAGACGAUGCAGAAAGCCCGGAAGAAGCAAUGGGAUGAGCCACGGGUCUGUUCCCGGAGGUAUCUGAAGGUGGACUUCGCGGACAUAGGGUGGAAUGAAUGGAUCAUCUCACCCAAGUCCUUUGACGCCUACUACUGCUCGGGAGCCUGCGAGUUCCCGAUGCCCAAGAUGGUCCGCCCAUCCAACCACGCCACCAUCCAGAGCAUCGUCAGGGCCGUGGGCAUUGUCCCAGGCGUCCCAGAGCCAUGCUGCGUUCCCGACAAGAUGAGCUCUCUUGGGGUCCUUUUCCUGGAUGAGAACCGGAAUGUGGUUCUGAAGGUGUACCCCAACAUGUCCGUGGAGACCUGUGCCUGCCGGUAA